AAUAAUCAUUUCAUGAAGAAAAUUAUGCAUUUUUUAACGUUUUUGUAAAUCAUUAUAGUGCAGUGUUCAGUGGAUGAAGCAGUAGCGAGAGAAUAUAGCUAAAGCAAGAAAAAAUUAAAUAAAAAUGGAUUAUAUCUCGAGCAAGUUCUGGUAAAUGUCAUGAUUCAUUACAAUACUGAAGAGGCGCGAUCGAUAUAGCGGCGCGCACGGUAAAACAUAUAUUAUCCGCGAGAGAUACUCGAGCGGAUGACAAAACGUGUGCGAUGUGGCGUCACAACGCGAUAAUCCUACGUUUCGAUAAACUGGAGACGCGAUAAAUUGACAUGUAGGAAUAAGCAUGUGGAGUAGCACUAUGACUACUUAAGGGGAUGCAUCAAGGGAGUAGAUGUCGAGAGAAGUGAAAAAAGAUGGAACAGUCUGUAAAGUCUGUAAGGAUGGAAGCAUGAGAGAGAAACAUGAUGCAAACGCGUUGCCGGAAGUGUCAGGAGGGGUUUCGAACGCAAAGAGGGAGGUUUGUCUGAUAGUGCGAACGGUGGAACGUGAAAUGCGAGGUGAGCGCGUGAGCAAAGGACGGUGGGGAGGUUAUAACCGACGAAUAGUGGGAGAGAACUCGAUGAGGUAGAGGAAGAGAAGGGGUUUGAUACGGACUUUGGACAGCUAGCCAUAGUUCAGUUUGCUUCCGUUCCGCGUUGUAGGAGGUUUCCGCACACUGAUUUGUUUAAGAGAGAAAUUCAUUUUUAUCGUAACCCCGUGUUUCGCUUGAAGAAAUUUCUAACGAAAUCAUUCACGCAUGGUGUUUGUUAUUGCAGGAAGUGCAUAUAAGUGUGUGUAUGAAGUUCCUAGUAUUUCGCGGAGUGCUUUGUGCUUUCGGAAUUAACUUUGUGUGUGAUCACGGAUAGAAUAUCAUGUUGACAGGAAAUCAUUGCUAUAUGCUUGCAUCACUCUUGCUCCUAUUCGGAUGUGUCCAAGGAACAGGAAAAUCCGCACGUCAUCUGCGAGGAUACAUUUCAAAAUCGUUGGAUGAUAAAUGUAUGGCAGGAAUAAUAAGAAAUCCAAUCUACAAACAGAAGGAGACAUUUUGCGUGAAGAAAAUUCCGCGGAAAAUAAUCAUUAUUUACGUCAACUUCAGCAAUCACCUCAUCUUCAACAUUAGCAGCAGCAUCAGCAGCAGCGACAGCAGCAACAGUAUCAACAAGAGCAUCAGCACCAGCAAGAGCAUCAGCAUCAGCAAGAGCAGCGGCAGUAGCAGCAGCAACAUAAAUAAGAGCAUCAGCAUCAGCAUCAGCAAGAGCAGCAGCAGCAUCAUCAGUUAGUCAACGAGAACACCCAGGUCGACAAUGAGGUCGGUGAACAUUUCAAUUAUAUCGAAUUACGGGCGGAAAAUUCGCGUAAAUUUUGAAAUUUUAAAAUAGUAGGGAAAGAGCGACAUUCGCGAUACAUCCGCUUGCGGAAGAUGCUCGCAAUAUCGUUAAUUACUUAGAAAACGUGUUUCAUGAAAUCUACACGUAUGCGAUACGUUUGAGUGAACCGGGCGAUUACGUGAGGUUAUCUUUCGAUUCGGCGAAUUUAACACAUGGCCUCUCGUUUCGUCCGGCACGACAUUUGACUCAUGAGGACAUUUGGAGACUCGUGAGUUCGGUAGCGCAAAGCGCCGGAGGUUUCGAUAUCGCGAUAGAUUUCACCAUACGCGUUUUUGCGGCAUCUUUGGGGCAGGACGCGAUAGAUUUCACCAUACGCGUUUUUGCGGCAUCUUUCGAGGGGUGCGUCGAAUAAAUUAACGGGUGAAGAUGUCGCGAAACGUUCAAUUUUGCAAAUAAAAAAUUCCAACAAUUUGUGUCUUUUUCGCUCCCUCAUAGUAGCGCGGACGCGCUACGUUUCACUGCAAACGUGGUACUCUGUGCACGAAGGAGUUGCAUGAGAGGUGAGAAUCCGUGAGAUACACGAGUUCCUCGUUACAGCGCGAGUUAGCGAUCGAGUUAACAAGGAGCCUGGGUAUCAUAAUUACCGAGGAGGGUUGUGGACAUAUAAUAACAUCAAGCGUUUUCAACGGUUUCUCGCUGCCGAAAAUAUCGCGAUAGUAAUUUAUAAUUUUAAUAGUUUCGACCGAGGCGAGAAAUCGAAGUACGAUAAUCGUGCGUUGCUCGUCAACCUCGGACACGAACCUUCGUAAUACAUUAUACAAAUAUAAUGUAUUACGAGGAUUCGUGUCAUUAUAACCUAAUACUAAAUUUAAGAGCCGCAGUCGGUUCGCGUGGUGGUUAUUACAAAGCAUGCAACACGGGCUUUCGAAACGAUAGGGGACAUUGUUGCGCGAAAAAAUGCUCACGUUGUCACGCAUCGCCUCCCUGCAUAAAUUAGUGUGGAAAUAAUUAGGUGCGAAGCGUGUAACCGUACGUUUUUCGAUAAUUGUUUCGAGCGUCAUCGGGCGGAAAAAUCGUAUAAGGGGAAAUCUCACCUGAGCAUAUGUAAUUCUGUUAAAAUUUGUAGGAAUUGUGAGCGAUUUAUACGCACAAACACGGAACAUAAAUGCGACACGAUCUUUUGUAAAACAUGUCGUUCGUUACAACCUUCGAAUUAUUUAUGUUUCAUGCGAACUCUCGCUCGUAAAGCUGAUGGUCAGAGUACAAGUACAAUGGUAAUGCGAGCAGAAAAAUGAAAAUCGUGUGAAAAUAAAAAUGAUAAUGGUGAUGAACGAUCGAGUAAAUGGUCGUGUCGCAUUUAUAUUUUAUAAUUUUGAAACUCGGCAAAACGAGACGCUUGUAGGUACCGAAAACGUGAGGAUUCACGUAACUCUUUGUGUUGCGCAACAAAUUUGCGAAGCGUGUGCAAACGAAGACGACAUGACGGUGCGUUGCCGACGGUGCGGAGUGCGCGAGUUCGUAUUUCGUCUCGAUCUCGUAAAACAAUUUAUCGAUUUCACAACGCGAACGACAAAAUGUUUCAAAUAAAUUAUUUGUAUUACGCAUAAUGUGAAAGUGUUCAACGCACAAUUUAAAACAUUUAGUAGAAAGACCGGAGAGCACCCAUGAACUGCGUGUAAUUUUGAACGGAACAAAAAUUAUCUUAAUGAUGAGCAUACGAAAUUUAUUGAUAGUAUUAAUUAUAUGCCAAUGCGUUUACCUAUGACCUUUGAUCUGAGCGUCGAAUAAAGGCUGUUUUCCACACUUAUUUAAUCUAUAUCGAUAAUCAUCAUAUAUAGGACCAAUUCCCGACGUCAAAUAUUAUUCUCCCGAACACAUGUCAUCGGAAGAACAUGAAAAGUUCCUCGCGUGGCAUGCGGAAAUGAUUCGUGAAAAUUAUAUUUUCGACUUUCAGCGUGAAAUUAUCUGAUAUUAUUGAAAUGAUGUAGAUAUCCUUCGACGCACGUGCAUGGCUUUUAGAAAAGUAUUUUUAAAACGCGGAAACGUGUGUCCGUUUGAAGAAUGCACGACUAUCAGUUCCACGUGCAUGAGAGUUUUCGUAAAAAUUUUUUGCGUGAGGAAGAAAUAGAAGUCAUUCCUCGGAUACAGAAACGUCGACAGGCAAUCAGCGUAACCUCCCUUUGGACACGGAACUAUUGGACACGAUUCGUUUGAACACGCACGAUUAGACACCGUAGAAUUGGACACAUAUUAUUGGACACCGCAUUAUUGGACACUGCAUUAUUGAACACCAAAGUGAAUUUCCACAAGGGUUUUGUGAAAUCCCUCUAUCCCUCUCCUCCUGAUGCUUUUGGGGCAAAAUGAGAUUUAUAAUUAUUCAAUUUCACAUGAGUUUACGACUUUUCACAUAAAGUGAGUUUC